CAGUUACCAUGAUCAUGGAUGGGCUCUCCAGUGACUAAAGAUUUCUGUUUGUGUAGCGAUUUGCCAACAUGUCUAAGAAAAAGAAGACCCAAAAACUUAAAAUACACCCUUCCUCUUAUAGACUCUCAUUUGGUUCUCUGUCUUCUUCAACGCAAAAGUUCAUAGACCGAGAACAUAAAAAGCUGCUUCCUGAAAUCUUAGUGACAGAAGACACAGAAAGACCCCUAGGGGAAAAAACACCAAAGUCAGAAUCUCUGGACCAUGAUGAAGUCGCUCCUUCUCAGUCUCCUCCUUCCUCAGCCCUUUCAUCUUCCAAAGCCUUUCCUUUGAGCUCUUUUUCUUUCUCUUCAUUGAAAAGUGCUGGCACACAGUUUAAAAGCUCAGCAUCAGUGAUGUCAUCAUCCACUUCAUCCAAGUCAGAAGAAGAAGACUACAGAGACAGACUCAAAAGUGUCGUGAAAGUAACAUCAGGAUUGUCCUUUCCCUCCACUUCUGGUUAUUCUGAGGAGUCUUCCAGCUCUUCUAUUUAUGUCCCAGUUCCAGUCCCUGUUCCUGCUAAGCAACUUGAAUCCAAACUACUAGCCAUCGAAAAGUCUCUGUCCCUUCACCGUUCAACCCAGACCAAAUGGCAGAUGGAUAAUGUCGAAACAGAAUAUGAAGAUAUUGAAUCAGUGACCACCAGUUACGAAAAACUGCCGAGUGAUGACAUCAAAAUGAGUUUGACACAAAAUCAGGAGCAGACAAUGACUACCCAGACUGUUAAACCACCUUCUCCUCUUCUGGUGAAAGAGUCAAGCAGCACUCAAGGAACAUCUACUGCUAUACGGACAAAAUCCCAAGGAACCCCAUCACCUUCUAGGACAUACCAGAGUGUAUUUAAGUGCAUACUACAAGAAUUGCUAGAGCGAGAAGAAAAGGCAUCCCUUGAUAUUGAUGUGUCCCCCUCUGCUCGGCUAAGACAAGAUACCCGGAGGAAACUGGCCUACAUGUUUAAAACCAAUUUUGAAAGAUACAAGGAUGUUUUUAGACGGAUUCUGAAGAAAAGAAAACCCAUCAAAACACCUUCAGUAGAGGACAGAAAUGUGAUAAAUAUAGAAGAGUAUCGUAUAAUCCAUGUUCCAGAGGAAUCUCCUGUUCCUUCUGUCCACGAAUUGGUGGUAAUGGAUGAAGAGUGGUUAGAAGAGGUUACUAAGGCUCAUCGAGGGUCCGGUGUUCCAACAUUUUACAAGGGUCCUCAGGGUAAAGACUGUGUCUCUAAGCCGCUCUCCAUUUUCUUUCCAGAUGGGACAGGUCAGAUUUAUUAUCCGUCAGGGAACAUAGCACUGAUUAUCUCACACGCAGAAGACAGCGAUGCCUUCACCUACAUGAUUUUCAAAGAUGACAAAGAAUUAAACAUGCAGGCCCUCAUCAACAACCUGGGACAUGCUACCUUCUAUGACAAAGAAGACAACAUCAGGAUGUGUCUGGGUUUGAAUUUGGGCUUCUACUUUGAUGCAAAAGGAAGACAGAAGGCUUGGAAUUGGUGGGACCCAAAUCAACAUAUCCAUGCACCCCCUUACCAGUCGAUUUACUUUGAUCUCAAUCCGUGCAUUGGUGUCCACAUUAAAACCCAGGAUAAGGUGCUUAUCACCAUCAAUUACUACAAGCAAAAAAUCCACUUAAAUCUGGGCACCAAGGUCAAGGUGAAAGACCGUGAGACAGAAAUGAAACUACAGAGCAAGCCGAUCCUGGAAAUCCACAAGCUGGAGGAAUUAUUCCAACAGACAAACAGCCUCCUGAAAAAGAUGAAAAGCCUGUGCUGUCUGACCAAACUUGACCUGGAGAACUUCAUAAAGGGCUACCCAUCCAUGACCACGGUGGAAGAGCAGAUGCGGGCCGGAAAGCUCAGCGUACUGCUCACAAAUAGUACCAGGGGAUCAACUGUGUGACGGUGCAGUCAGAGGGGCCUGUCAUGGUUUUCUCUACCCUCCUAAGGAAGCCCUACCCUUACUCCAUCCGCCAAAGGCCUAAGGCCCAUUGUAGUUGUAGAAUUUGAGGGGCAUUUGAGAUCCAG